AUGGAGUGGAACAAACUGGGGAUGGCAUACCCUUCCCACCAGAUGGUGCAGGAGGUGGUAGCAAGCCAUCCAAUCCGCAUCCGCAUCGAUAACCUGCCCCCGACCAAGGGCUGGAGGCAGAUCAAGGGCUUCCUGUCGCAAUUUGUACCUUACGAGCAGGUGCUGAAUGUGAAGGUCCUGCCUCUGAUACCUUCGAUGACGCCGCCUUUCAUUCCGCUGCAGAGUUGCAUCGUAUUACUGCGGCAGGAUACAGACUGGCCGGGCCUGUUGAUGCACCUUAAUGGCAUCCAGUGGGACUACUACACCAUGAUGGCGUGGGUAUUGCCCAACUUCAUCCCCCAGGAUGGUGCGCCACUGCUGUCAGUAAGCCCACCCGACUCCGGGGGGUCUUUACACAAGAACAACGGCCACCAUUAUGAUCAAGCAGAGCGUCAGAAACAUGCUGCUCGCCUACCGCUUCAUGCGUUCACGGGGCCUGCAAUGCCAGCAUUGCCAGGUGGGGAGCAGUCUGUACAACAUCCUUCGAAGCGGCUGACGCAAAUAUUUAACGAGGGCGCUUUUCGCCGGCAAAUGUCGCAGCGCAAUAUGCAUCAGCUGCAGAUAUCCAAUUUUCCGCCAUGUCUGCACUGGGAUGAGGUCGUCAAAACAACGCAGAUCAAGCUUGAUUCAGGCGGCGACAUCCAGAGGGGGGAUGGCGGUGCAGCGAUCCCUUCACAUCAUGUGAUUCAACCUCAUGUGCUUCAAGAUGAGAAAAAUGAGAUUGUACCCGACCUCACUAUUAUGACAGCUCAUCCUGAGAAAUAUGGCAAGUUGAAGUGGACUAUCCUCAAGGACUUUAUUAAGCUUAAGUGUCCCAAGCUUUUGGAAAUCGACCACAAAUCACAAGGCGCUGCACUAUCAAACACACGCGAGUUUUAUGUGGGAGUAUAUGAGAAUUCUGAAUCUCACGUUGAAAUCAUACUCCUCCCUAGUGACAAGCCGGAUCGCAUAAUUGAAGGGCCCGUCAGCGAAGAAGAGGCACAAGCUGCAGGUGGGCCUGAUCUCCAAAGGUUCAAGGUUCGUGCGACCCUCUUUCAAGCUGUCCUCGGAUUCCACUCCAAGGAACUCUGCGACCUGUGUUUGGAUGCAAUAAAUGGAGAGGAGUAUAUGUUAGGUUACAAGCUGCAAGUUCAGAGAUUGGCGAAACUGAGUAGCACUUAG